AUGGACACCAUCAAUCAGAUGGAACAAUUGGCUUGGGAAGAGCAUCAGCGCAACCCAAUUCCUGCGCCAAAAUGCGAUGGUUGUUUGGGGCGAUUCCAUGGCACUCCUCCAGACGAGGAUGACGAGGACGAUGUGGAGGAUGUAGGAGACGCCUUCAAGCGGUGCACGACUUGUGAUUACACCAUUUGCGAAGAUUGUACGCAUCCAGAUAUGCAAGGUGUACCAUACUUUGGUCGCCCGCCAGGCACCUGCCGCUGUCUAAAGUCGAACUUUGGCGAAAGUUACUGUUUGUCGUCGCCCUGUUACCUUCACGGUGACGGUAGUAAGCCAUAUCACGGUGAUAGGCACCCCGAUAUGGCGGGCAGUGGGUAUGGUGAAGAUGCAUUUGAGGCGAAGGAGCGGCAGUGCAGGACAUGUGGUGUGAUUGCGCGAUGCUUGAAGAAAGAGCAUCUGAAGGACGCGCUUCCUGGCAUGAAUUAG